CUAAAAGACAAUUUUCAUUUCUACUUUCACUUUACUCUGACAGGAUGGAAAGAAAACCAAAAAUACUUGUUUUUGACCUAGAUUACACGUUGUGGCCUUUUUGGAUUGACACACACUAUGAUGCACCUUUUAAGAAAAUAAGCAAAACUGAUGUCAAAGAUAGGCAUGGGAAUAAUGUGCCUUAUUAUCAAGCUGUACCUAGAAUUUUAGAAAAGUUGAAGAGAGACGGUUUUAAAGUUGGUGUGGCCUCAAGAACAUCUUGCACUGGUGAAGCAAAGGAGUUAAUCAAAUGCUUUGAAUGGGAUCAAUAUUUUGAUUAUGUACAAAUUUAUCCUGGAACCAAAACAACCCACUUUACAAAGAUUAAAAGAGACAGUGGAAUUGAGUUUCAGGAUAUGAUUUUCUUUGAUGAUGAACACAGAAACAUACGUGAUGUAUCUAAAUUAGGUAGGAAUGAAUUUAUUUUGUGA